AUGCCACGCUCCCCGUAUGGCUUCUGCUGCGACAUUCAGCUGUCUGACUUCGGCUCCUCUGGCUCCUCUGGCUCCUCCGGCUCCUCCGGCUCCUCCUGCUGCUCCUUCUCACAGGUGGAUUUGAUAUGUUUCCUUCUGUUUGCCAUUCUCUACAUCGUGUCCUAUUUCAUCAUCACAAGAUACAAGAGGAAGUCAGAUGAGCAAGAAGAUGAAGAUGCCGUAGUCAACAGGAUUUCGUUGUUUCUGUGCACGUUCACCCUCGCGGUCUCCGCAGGGGCUGUGCUGCUCUUACCCUUCUCAAUCAUCAGCAAUGAAAUCCUGCUUUCCUUUCCUCACAGCUACUACAUUCAGUGGUUGAAUGGCUCCCUGAUCCAUGGUCUGUGGAACCUCGCUUCCCUCUUCUCCAACCUUUGCUUGUUUGUCCUGAUGCCCUUUGCCUUCUUCUUCCUGGAAUCAGAAGGUUUUGCUGGUCUGAAAAAGGGAAUCCGAGCCCGAAUCUUGGAGACGCUGGUCAUGCUCGUGCUCCUGGCGCUGCUGAUCCUGGGCAUGGUGUGGGUUGCCUCCGCACUCAUCGACCAGGACGCGGCGAGCAGGGAGUCUCUGUACGAUCUCUGGGAGUUCUACCUGCCCUACUUGUACUCCUGUAUUUCACUGAUGGGAUGUUUGCUACUUCUCUUGUGCACCCCGGUGGGCCUGUCUCGCAUGUUCACCGUCAUGGGCCAGCUGCUGGUGAAGCCGGCGAUCCUUGAAGACCUGGACGAACAGAUUUAUAUUAUUACCCUUGAGGAGGAGGCACUGCAGAGACGACUCAAUGGACUGUCUUCAUCAGUGGAAGACAAUGUGAUGGAGCUGGAACAAGAACUUGAAAAUGUAAAGACUCUGAAGACAAAAUUAGAGAGGCGGAAGAAAGCGUCGGCUUGGGAGAGAAACUUGGUGUAUCCUGCGGUCAUGGUUCUCCUUCUCAUUGAGACGUCCAUCUCAGUUCUCCUGGUGGCCUGUAAUACCCUUUGCCUGCUGGUUGAUGAGACAGCAAUGCCAAAGGGAACGAGGGGGCCUGGGAUAGGAAAUGCCUCCCUCUCUGCUUUUGGUUUUGUGGGAGCUGCACUUGAAAUCAUUUUGAUUUUCUAUCUGAUGGUGUCCUCUGUCGUCGGUUUCUACAGCCUCCGAUUUUUUGGAGACUUUAUUCCCAAGAAAGAUGACACAACCAUGACAAAGAUCAUUGGGAACUGCGUGUCACUGCUGGUCCUGAGCUCCGCCCUGCCCGUCAUGUCCCGCACCCUGGGAAUCACGAGAUUCGAUCUGCUGGGAGACUUUGGAAGGUUUAACUGGCUGGGCAACUUCUACAUUGUGCUGUCCUACAAUUUGCUCUUUGCGAUUGUGACCACACUGUGUCUGGUCAGGAAGUUCACCUCUGCGGUGCGGGAGGAGCUCCUCAAGGCCCUAGGGCUCCACAAGCUGCACCUGUCCCGGGCUCCUCGCGACUCAGACACAGCCAAGCCUUCGGCGAACGGGCACCAGAAGGCCCUUUGAGACUCGGCCCCGUGCAGUGCAGGCAGAGACCAGGGCCGACUCGCAACAUUCCGCCGGUAGGGGUGCUCACGGUGGCCGUGCUCACCUUUCAAUCGUCUGCUGAGGAUCUGGCUGCCGUGGGGCCCCUUAUACUCCAUGUGGCCCUGCUGGUUCCAACCAAACACCCACGUCACCUGGCGCCAGUCGGCAGCCACCACGUGAGACACCGUGAGAACCUGUGGGCUCUGAGGAUUCACUGAAACCCACGAUCUGGAUCUGUUUAUGCAGGAUCAAGCUGGGGGAAGGUGACCCUGCUGCUGGGACCUGAGAGGGGAGGUUGAGGUUUGAGGUCGUGCAGGAGGUGCGAUGGCCCUUGGGUGCUGUGGGCACCUGCGGUGCUCUCCAUGUCCUUGACAAAGGAAUGAAGCACAGUUGUGAUGUAUGUUACAGAUGCUGGUGGGGCUCUGGGUCCAGGGAAAACUGAUUUCUUUACCCCUAAGACUCGUAGUCCUGGCAUGACCAGCGGUAGGGAGUGUACCAGCCCAGUCCCCCCCGCGUUCGUGUGUCAGUCAGUGUCGCCGCUCACGACACAGUUGCCAGUGGAGACACUGUGACCUAGGCUUGCCUUAUGGCUGCCUGUACACUCCGUUUCUAACCCCCUUUUCCAAAGCUCCCUUAGCUCCUUCCCCGGGCUCAUCAUGAAUCUAAACACUUGGGUAGAGACCCCUUUUCCCACACCUUUCAGGGUCUGGCACUUUUCCCAGUGUACACCUCAGACCUGCAAAAGUGGUCAGUUUAGCACCAAAAGCACAGGAUUGGGUUCAUGGCAUGAGUUUGGCCCAGGGUCGUCACCUGAUAGCCAUUCAGUGCUACGCUAAGCCUUAAAUAGUUCUCGGGAUAGUGUCUCAACCCCAGUUCCACUGAGUAAAAUUGUCCUUAGCCAUCCAGGGACCAAGCCCCGAGACUGUGGGUAUAGAAUCUGAGGGCUGCCCGCACGGUUGGUUGCAUUCGGUCUCUACAUACACACACGUGUUCACGUCUGUAAAGACAUGUGCCCUGUGUGUGUGGACAGGUCCUGUGUGCAGACAGCUGUAAAAGGACUUUUUUCUCAAAUCGUUGCAUUUAAAGCUUUUUGGGGGAGGAAUAAUGAAAGCCAGGCUGUAUAUAUUGGACAUAAAAAAUUUCCACUUGGAGCCGAAAUGAGGAGGAUUAAUGUGUGUUGUGAGCCCCACGGGCUGCACCUGCCCUUUGUUUACACCCCCCCUUCCUCUGAGCCUCGGCUGACACACAGCUUACUUUCUAAAGGAGCAUUUCAUGAUUGUGAGCAACGCUCAGUGAGCCACGCGUUCUUGUUGGUGACUUUGUCAGUGUAAGAUCCGCAUAUGAGAAAACUAAUAAAAGUUGGCUGCUUUCUAAUCUC